GGGCCUCGGAAAGGCGGAGAGGAAGGCGUGUGGAAGGCGGGGUCCAGCCCGCGCAGGUCGGGUAAGCGCGUCUACGGCGCUGCGCGGCGCGGCGAAAAUGGCGGUUUCUAGGUGGGCGCGCAAGGCCGUGGUCUUGCUUUGUGCCUCUGACCUGCUGCUGCUGCUGCUGCUACCACCGCCUGGGUCCUGCGCGGCCGAAGGCUCGCCCGGGACGCCCGACGAGUCUACCCCACCUCCCCGGAAGAAGAAGAAGGAUAUUCGCGAUUACAAUGAUGCAGACAUGGCGCGUCUUCUGGAGCAAUGGGAGAAAGAUGAUGACAUUGAAGAAGGAGAUCUUCCAGAGCACAAGAGACCUUCAGCACCUGUCGACUUCUCAAAGAUAGACCCAAGCAAGCCUGAAAGCAUAUUGAAAAUGACGAAAAAAGGGAAGACUCUCAUGAUGUUUGUCACUGUAUCAGGAAGCCCUACUGAGAAGGAGACAGAGGAAAUUACGAGCCUCUGGCAGGGCAGCCUUUUCAAUGCCAACUAUGACGUCCAGAGGUUCAUUGUGGGAUCAGACCGUGCUAUCUUCAUGCUUCGCGAUGGGAGCUACGCCUGGGAGAUCAAGGACUUUUUGGUCGGUCAAGACAGGUGUGCUGAUGUAACUCUGGAGGGCCAGGUGUACCCUGGCAAAGGAGGAGGAAGCAAAGAGAAAAAUAAAACAAAGCAAGACAAGGGCAAAAAAAAGAAGGAAGGAGAUCUGAAAUCUCGGUCUUCCAAAGAAGAAAAUCGAGCUGGGAAUAAAAGAGAAGACCUGUGAUGGGGCAGCAGUGACGUGCUGUGGGGGGACAGGUGGACAUGGAGAGCUCUUUGCCCAGCUCCUGGGGUGGGAGUGGUCUCAGGCAACUGCACACCGGAUGACAUUCUAGUGUCUUCUAGAAAGGGUCUGCCACAUGACCAGUUUAUGGUCAAAGAAUUACUGCUUAAUAGGCUUCAAGUAAGAAGACAGAUGUUUUCUAAUUAAUACUGGACACUGACAAAUUCAUGUUUACUAUAAAAUCUCCUUACAUGGAAA